AUGAAACUGGUAGGGCUAGAUGGCAUCCUCUCAGCCUCGCCCAAUUGCAUCAUUUUAAACGAAAUCAGAGGGUUAGACACGCAAAAAAUCAAAAAUUAAAUCACUCGACGGGGAACCUGCCUGCUAGCAUCAAUCAAAUUGUGAUAAUUCUUUAUGGUUGCAUCGCAAACAAGGAGACAAUAACGAGCAUGAAAGAAAUGGCCGAAACGACGACGACGACGACGACAGAGGAUGUUUAUGAUGAUGCUUACGAGGAGAAACCGGGCCCGAGUCCUCCAGUGAAAAUCGUAUGGAGAAACGUUUUAUUAAUGUCUCUUUUGCACCUAGGAGCUCUUUAUGGCCUGAUGAUUCUUCCAUCGGUCUCAUCCUUAACGCUGAUGUGGACGGGAGUGUGUUUCAUGCUAAGCGCUCUAGGAAUAACCGCCGGCGCCCAUCGCCUUUGGAGCCACAGGUCUUACAAAGCCUCGAUGCCAUUACGAAUCUUCCUAGCGACUGCAAACUCCAUGGCUUUUCAGAAUGAUAUCUAUGAGUGGGCCAGAGACCAUCGUGUCCAUCACAAGUUUUCCGAGACUCAUGCGGACCCACACAAUGCCCGCAGAGGAUUCUUCUUUGCCCACAUCGGCUGGCUGCUGGUCCGAAAACACCCAGAAGUUAUUGAGAAAGGACGCAAACUGGAGCUCGCUGAUCUAAAAGCAGAUGGAGUUGUAAUGUUUCAGAGGAGGCAUUACAAGUUAUCUGUGGUGGUGAUGUGCUUUCUCAUUCCCACGUUUGUACCUUGGUUCUUUUGGGAAGAGAGUCUUUUGACCAGUUACUUAGUUCCGUGUCUGUUGAGAUACACUGUGUCCCUUAAUGCGACCUGGCUGGUCAACAGUGCAGCUCACAUGUGGGGAAUGAGGCCUUAUGACCACAACAUCAAUCCCAGAGAGAACAAGUUUGUUGCCUUCAGUGCCAUCGGUGAAGGAUUUCACAACUAUCAUCACACAUUCCCCCAUGAUUACGCUGCAAGUGAGUUUGGCAGUCGGCUGAAUUUGACCAAGGUGUUUAUAGAUGUCAUGUGCUUCUUUGGACUGGCCAAGGAUUGUAGGAGGGUAACUCGUGAUACCAUCAUGGCCCGCGUUCAACGCACCGGUGAUGGCAGCCACAAAAGUGGUUGAUUUGUUCAGUACAUAUGAGAAAAACAAACAAACAAACAAAUAAACAAACAAAAAAAAAAGUUAUAAGGCAACAUAUACAAAAGCAUUUGCAGCAUUUCUUAGUGUGCAAUGAAGAUUGAUCUAUAUACACUCUCAUAUGAAAUAAGAAACUCUAGAGUGUGUUGGACUAAUAUGUGUUCUUAAGAAUUCUUUCCUUUUCAUGACAUGUAUUAGACUGUGGGAGAUUAUUUUCGGAGAUGGUAAAGGCCAUAGAUUGGGAGAAUAAAUAUGUCCCAGUCUGCCUCAAGAGGCAAGAGAUGGUACUUCACUAGUUAAACAGCCAUGUGCCUCAUUACAGCCCUCUCUCAUGAUUAGGUUGACCCAUGUUUUCUCUGGAUAAGCAGUUACUGUUAUGAUUUUAAAACAUCGUUUCAGCAAGCUAUACAAGCUGUAAAAUUAAGAUUAAUAUAUUGGCACUAUUUUACAUUUUCUUAGAUGAUAAAAGCUUUUUUCCAUUUGAAAUAAAUUUAACGACCACCAAAAGAGUUAUUUAUAGGUCAGUAUGUAUAGUCAAAUAAAACUGUGCCAUAGAAAAGUCCAUGGGAAAAUUGUUCUCAGCUGAGCUAAAAUGUUGACUUAAAUAACUAAGGUUAGUUCUGUUUAGAAUAGGUUUGUUGACAGUAUACAUGGAAAUACGUCAAAAUAUUUUCAUUUUUAUUUAAAUUCUUAUUUAAUCUUAUUUAUUUUUAUUCUACAUGCCAAUGCAAAGGUCCUCAGAUCACUGAUGCUUAUGAUGAGGAUUUCCCUCAAGUAAAAUGAGCAAUUUAUCAGAAAGUUUAAUUUCUUAAUCAAUGUUUUCCAUGUUGCAUAGUGCUCUAUCUGGUUUCCUUGGACUCUUGUGGUCCUGUAAAAAAAAAGUACCUGUUAAAUGACCAGGUAAGCCUAUAUGGUGAACUCUUUUCUAAUUACAAAUAUAUUGAAGUACGAAAGGACUAUUUCAAGUAUUAUGAAAGAUAUUUAACCAAAAAACAUUUUGAAAGAAAUGUGUCUGUUGGGGUAAAAGUAAUGUGGUGUACAAUUAUUCUAGCAGAUUUAUUAUAGGACAUUUAUUUGUCCUUAUGAUAUAAUCCAAGGAUUGGAAUAUUCAAAUGUCUUCAUCAGAUAGAAUCUUGCCCUUUGCCUUAUAGAAUAGGCCUAUAUAUCUUCAGAUUUUGGGUUAGACUCAAAAUUGAAAAUGCAAAGAUGAUGUAUAGCAUCAGAAAAAUUAUUACAAACUUAUGAAGUUUUAAGUCAUUCAGGGUGGGCUGUUUUCUUGGCUCUUCUGUGACGAAUGAAUGACCAUCUGUAGCUCCCUAAAUAUAUAUUUUUUUCUCAUAAAUGUUUGAUAGGUUGAUAGUGGUAUGCAUUUUCCAAAUGUAAAAAAUGCCAAAUGCUUUAUAUAUUUAAAACAUACACCCAUGUUUAAGAAGAAACACAAAUUGACACUGCGUUUUACAGCUUAAUUAUUUAUACAGUGUUGACCUUUGAUGUCUGGGAGCCUUAAUGGGCACAUUUUCAAGGAAUGUUGUUUCAUGUACCAUAAACCAAAAUUUCUAUAAGUGGAAGAGUUUUGCGAGUUGUACCGUGAGUUUUGUUAUGAAUCAAUAUUAAUCUUUUCUUAAUUGAAUAAAAUGUGUGUAUAUCUGAAAAUGUAGUC